CCGCGGAUGGGGGGGAGGGCAGGGCGGGAUGGAGGCGGCCGCGGGGCUGCUGCGGGGGCCGCGGGCCGUGCGGCUGCGGCAGCGGCGGUCGGUGCUGUACAGCCAGCCCCGCGGGGCCGCCGGGCAGCGGGCCGCCGGCGCUGCCGCCGGGCCCGCCCCGCUGCUGGCGCUGAGCCUGGCGCUGCGGGCGCUCAACUGCUUCCUGGUCCAGACCAGCUUCGUCCCGGACGAGUACUGGCAGUCGCUGGAGGUGGCACACCGCAUGGUCUUCCAAUAUCCUUGUCCGCGGCUGCCGUCCCCGCCCCGUUCAGGAUCGGAAGCGGGGCCGUAACUUUCUGUUGUUCAUGGUCUAUCCUUAAUGUUAAUAAUUAUGGCUACCUGACCUGGGAAUGGGCACAUGGGCUACGGGGCUAUUCCUACCCCCUGAUCUUUGCAAGCAUCUACAAAGCUUUACAGCUGCUGGCUAAGGAUGAUGUUCAGCUGCUGAUAUGGGUCCCUAGACUUGCACAGGCAGUGCUGGCAGCUUUUGCUGAUGUGAAACUUUACUCAUUAGUGCAACACCUUGAAAAUGCAGAAACAGCAAAGUGUGUGUACUUCUGCCAGCUGUGUUCCUGGUUUACAUGGUAUUCCUGUACCAGAACUCUAACAAACACCAUGGAAACUCUUCUUACCAUUUUUGCUCUUUCCUACUAUCCGAUAAAAGGUUCCAAGAUGGGGAGCAGCUGCAAAUAUUUAGCUUUGAUAGCACUUGCAGUUGUUGUUCGUCCCACUGCUGUUAUCCCAUGGAUACCUUUAUUCUUUAGUCACUUUUUGCAAGAGCAGAGGAAAACAGACCUUAUGCUACACCACUGCAUUCCAAUUGGAUUGGUCACAGUAGGAACAUCUUUAAUAAUUGACCGUGUGUUUUUUGGUGAGUGGGUACUGGUUCAGCUGAACUUCUUGAAAUUCAACGUGCUGCAAAAUCUGGGGACAUUUUAUGGAUCUCAUCCUUGGCACUGGUACUUCACUCAGGGACUACCAGUCAUCUUGGGUACCCAUCUGCCUUUCUUUAUUCAUGGCUGUGUGCUGGCACCAAAAAGGUAUCGCAUCUUUCUAGUGGCAGUGAUUUGGACAGUGCUGGUGUACAGCAUGCUGAGCCAUAAAGAAUUCAGGUUCAUCUAUCCAGUAUUGCCAUUUUGCAUGGUUUUUUGUGGGUAUUCUUUGAAACACCUGAAAGCAUGGAAGAAAUCUGCAGCAAGUUUCCUGCUUAUAUCAAAUUUGCUGCCAGCCCUGUACACAGGCUUGAUUCACCAGCGAGGCUCUCUGGAUGUUAUGAGUCACAUACAGCAGCUCUGUAGUAACUCUCAUCAGUCACAAGCUUUUGUCUUCAUCAUGAUGCCAUGUCACUCUACUCCAUUUUACAGCCAUGUUCACUGUCCUCUAAAAAUGAGAUUCCUUGAGUGUCCCCCAGACCUAAUGGGAAAUGAGAGCUACACUGAUGAAGCAGAUCUGUUUUACUCUGAUCCUCUUGGGUGGCUUAAUAAGGAAUUUUACAAUGACACAUUAUUACCCAGUCACUUGAUCUUCUUCAAUGUGCUAGAACAGGAAAUAUCAUCAUUUCUAGCUUCAAGGGGCUUUGAGAAAACAGCCACCGUCUUUCACACUCAUCUACCUCAAGGACGAGUUGGAAGCCACAUCUAUGUCUACAGGAGAAAAACCUGAAAUUAAUCAAACCUGAAGAUCAGUUUCUAGACUUAAGACCUAAUGAGAUCAGUUUUGCAUAGCAGUACUAUGCUUAGAAGACCUUAUACUGCAGAAAGGAGAUAGUAGAGAGUCUGAAACCGGGUAAGUCGAAUGGGGAAGUCUGAUUAGCCAGCCACUGGCUGUGUAACACACUAACUAACCUCUCCUGAGGGCAGCCUCAGUGGCCCUAAGGCAGGGUGGGGGUGUUGGCCUAUCUUACAGCACUAGAAAAUAUCAGGAAGAAAAAAAAAUUACCAUACAACUACUUAAUAAGAAAUUAGACAAGACUGGACCAUUUUUAUAGAACUGUACACCUAUGCUAGGUUUGUUUUGUAAAUAAAGACUUUUACCCACA